AUGGCGCUGGCUAGCCAGGUCGCCGCUAACCAGCCGCCGCUGCUGUCCUCUCCGCCCGCCCGCCGCCUCCCAAGAGCCAGCAGCAGCAAUGCGUUGCUGCUGCUCCAGCCGGCGGCCGCGGUCCUCGGCGGCCGGAACCUGAGGCUGGCGCCUGCCGGUGGCGCGCGGAGGGCCCAGCUGGACGCCGUCGUCGUGCGGGCGUCGUCCGAGGCGAAGGCGGCGGCGGAGACCAAGUCGGGGGGAAGCGGAGGCGAGGGAGCGGAGGAGGAGGAGCGGCCGUACGAGGAGUACGAGGUGACGAUCCAGAAGCCGUACGGGCUCAAGUUCACCAAGGGCCGCGACGGCGGCACCUACAUCGAGGCCAUCCAACCCGGCGGCGCGGCCGACGUGACCGGCCAGUUCGAGGUCGGCGACAAGGUGCUCGCCACCAGCGCUGUCUUCGGAGAGGAGAUCUGGCCGGCGAAAGGGUACGGCCAGACCAUGUACAGCAUCCGUCAGAGGGUCGGCCCUCUGUACCUGAAGAUGGAGAGGAGGUUUGGUAAGGUGGACGGUGACGGUGACCUCACCGAGAAGGAGAUCAUCAGAUUUGAGAGGAACUCUGGAGUGGUCAGCGGCAGGGUGAGGGAGAUCCAGUUGCAAAAUUACACGAGGAAGAUGGAGCAGAAGAUGCAGAGGGAAGAGGAUCUCCGCAUGGGGCUCAGGCUGUACAAGGAUGGGAAAUAUGAGGAGGCAUUGGAGAAGUUCGAGUCAGUUCUGGGAUCGAAACCGGAGCCCAGUGAGGCUUCCAUUGCCAGCUACAAUAUUGCCUGCAGCUACUCGAAGCUCGGCCGGAUAGAAGCUGGGCUUUCUGCACUGGAGGAAGCCCUGAAGGCAGGGUAUGAAGACUUCAAGAGAGUCCGCACCGACCCGGACCUCACGAACCUGAGGAAGUCAGAGGAAUUCGAGCCCUUGCUGAAGAACUACGACGAGUCGUUCAUCAACGAGAACGCCAUCAAUGCCAUCAAAUCCUUGUUCGGAUUAAUCAAGAAUUGA